AUGUCUAUAAGGGAAUAUGAGGCCAAGUUCAAUGACCUAUCCCGGUUUGCGCCAUCACUAGUGGAGUCUGAACACAUGAGAUGCCUUAAGUUUGAGAAGGGCCUCAAGAACUCUGUGAGGAGAUCCUUGGUGGCUCUGAGACUUCGGAACUUUCGGGAUUUGGUAGCUGCUGCUACACGGGUGGAACAUGAUAACUUGGCCUAUUACCAAAGCAAAGAAGUAACGGGUCAAGUCUCUGUCUCUGGUAGACCUUCCGUUUCGGGUGGACCACAGCGGAGUGGUAGAAGAAACCGCAACCUGGGACAAAUGGCUGGGGAAAUGACAAGCGGUGGCAGUAGUUCGUCAGGGAGUGACAGAAGUGCUCCAUACGGGCCCAGGUGUCACCAUUGUGGCCAGGUGGGUCAUAUUAGGAGGAAUUAUCCUAAUCGACCGCCGGCUCAACAAGCCCAAAGUGAUACUUCGUACAGUCAAGAAAGGCCACCACCGUACAUGCCACCAUAUCAGCCACAACAGAUGUCAUACCCUCCUAUGCCGACCUAUCAACCACCUUUGCUUACACAAUUUCGGCCUCAAGCGCCAAGACCGGUGCAACCACCUUCGCUGCAACAGUAUAGGCCUCUGACUCAACGGCCCAAUGUUGGUGACAGAGGGAAAGGGAAAGUACAAGGACAAACUUAUGCCCUGGCAGAUCUGAAUCCAGUCUUAGGAGAACGACUGUUGAAGUACAGUGUUGGGGGACGGAGGAAUCUAGCCUAUUUUUCUUCCCUUCUUGCUUUAGAAGGUGAACCCGAGAUAACUGGAGAUAGUGCGGGAAUCCCUGUAGUGGAUGAAUUUACGGAUGUAUUUCCUGAUGAGCUACCUGGUUUACCGCCAGAUCAGGAAAUUGAAUUCUGUAUAGAUUUAGUCUCGGGAACGGCACCUAUUUCUAUUCCUCCAUACCGGAUGGCUCCAGCGGAGAUGAAAGAAUUAAGGAUGCAGCUUGAGGAGCUAGCAGAAAAGGGGUAUAUCUGGAAUAGACAAGGAAUUUCUGUAGAUCCUUCUAAAAUCGAGACUGUGCUACAGUGGGAAAGGCCGAAGAAUGUAGCGGAGAUUCGCAGAGUCCUUGGACUUGCAGGGUACUAUCGACGUUUCGUGAAAGACUUCUCGAGUAUUACUGCACCGCUGACUCGGUUGACCAAGAAAGAAGUCAGAUUCCAGUGGGAAGCUGAGUGUGAAAAUGCUUUUUAG